CUGGAGAACAGGCUUCAAUGAAAACUGCCUGUUUGCAGCUAUAUGGAGAUUGCAGGCACCACAAUCACUAUUUCCUCUACCUGGCCUGGAGCAGAAACUCCAUCAUCAGGAUAGAAAGGUAGCCUUGUUGCCUAGCAAAGGUGGGAUGAUUUAUCUCUGUCUCUAGAUUGGUCCUUUUUCUUUGCUGCACAAGUGAAUUGUUUUCAGACUUCUAAGGGGAAUGAAGCCAGGCUAGGAAUAGGAGUGGCUGUGGGAGAGCUGCUCUCCCAGAGAGAAGGAGUCACAGCUUUUCUGCUUUUUGUUCCUGUGCAGCACAGGACAAUGGUUUUAUCUGCCCCAGUUAUAGCCCUGGGGGCUACCUUAGGGACUGCAACUAGCAUCCUCGCCCUCUGCGGUCUCACCUGCUUCUGCAAAUGCAAGCAACCUGGGAAAGGACUCUCAGAAAAGGACCAAGAGGAGGACACGGAAAAUACUAAGCCCAGUGUGCUUCAGCCAGUUCAGCAAUUCAACAUUAAGAAAACUGCAGAGCCAGUCCAGCCCCGAGCACUCCUGAAGUUUCCCAACAUUUAUGGCCCCAAACCAGCAGUAACUUCACCUGAAAUUGUUAACUACACGCAGUACUCCCUGAAGACAACAGAAGAACCAGCUGCUGGAAGACAUAUUGGUUUGGAUGAGAACAGGAUGAAGAUACAAGUCAAUGAAGAGCUGUUUGUUCUCCCUCAAAACGGUGUGGUAAAAGACGUCUGUGUCACAGAGCAUUUGAACCCCGAGAGGGCAGCCAGCUGCAACCAGGCCCCUGAACUGCGCUACUGCCUUGCAUAUGAUCAACAAAAAGCUGAGCUGCGUGUGGCCCUUCUGGAAGCUAUGCAUGGCAGAAUGAGUGGGGACCAAGAUGCUGGCUGCCAUUGCUACAUACUGGGCACACUGGUGAGCAAGUCUGGUAUUGCUGAGGCCCAGACAGAGCUCAAGAAGAAGGUGCUUCACACCCUCUGGGAGGAGGUGCUGCGAUUCCCGCUAACGCAGGAGGAGAUGUCAGAGGGGACACUGACUCUCACCCUGAGAAACUGUGACAAGUUCUCCAGGCACAGCAUUGUGGGUGAACUCAAACUGACCCUUGCUAACAUGGAGGAGUCCUUUGGAAUAACCCAGUGUGAAAGGCUAAAGACCCCAGAGAAGGAGCCAUCUACGGGCCAUGGGGAGGUUCUGCUCUCUAUCAGCUACCUGCCAGCAGCUAAUCGCCUGCUGGUAGUGAUUAUUAAGGCUAAAAAUCUCCAUUCCAAGCAGCUGAAAGAUCUACUUGGCAAUGAUGUUUCUGUCAAGGUGACACUGAGGCAUCAGUCCUUGAAGCUGAAGAAGAAGCAGACCAAACAUGCAAAACACAAGAUCAACCCUGUGUGGAAUGAGAUGAUCAUGUUUGAGGUGCCUCAUGAUCUCCUGCAUGCCUCCAGCAUGGAGCUGGAAAUGCUGAGCCAGGAUAGUAUUGGGCAGAGCCACGUGCUUGGCAAGUGCAGCCUGGGCUUACACGUCACAGGCACGGAGAGAAACCACUGGGAAGAAAUGCUGAGGAACCCUAGGAGACAGAUAGCUAUGUGGCACCAGCUCCACAUGUAGGCUCAUCAUGAUUACUGCCAGCCAGAUUUCCAGCAGGCCUCUGAACUGUGGGAAUAAGCUGCAUUUCACCUUCCACCUUCCACAAAGUUGCUUGGCACAGCAUUCUUCUCAUACCACCUUCUCUGAUUUUCCUGUCUCAUCCUAGUCCAGGAAACUGGCUGGAAAAUGUAUUUAAAGAACAAUCUCUCACCUAAUCAAGUGGUUCUCUCAAACAAGGGGUUUGGCUGCCUGGAUGAUUUGAAUUAAUUUCAUUAGCCUGCCCACUGACAUUUCUGUAAAGUCCCUGUUUCUGCAGAGGAGCAGAGAGGAGCAAUGGUAUCAUGGAAAUAUGAGCCACUCUGUGGCAUCUGGCACUGUCACCCAAGUCCUUUGAUGAAUGCUGGCUCCAUAAUCAUAAACAUGUAGCAGAUGUUUUACCAGUCACUGUUUUUCACAAUACUUUACAAGGCGGUGAGAAAUGAAGAUCACAAACCUAACUUUCACUGCAGACACAAAGUAUCAGUAUGAAAGAAAGUGAAGGCAACAUGCAGUAGAUGGAUACCUAGAAAAAGAUACAGAACUGGGGGAGAAAACAGAGGAAGAAGAGAGUGUGAGGCAGUCAACGCUAUCAUCCUGUGUAGCCUUUGAAGCAAACACUGCCAAACAAGAAGUCAAAUACCUUCCUUUACGUUUUUUUUCCUGGAGUGUUUGGUACAUUUUAUUUAGGAUUCAUGAAAACUGCUGAAAAUAUCCAUAUUUCAGGAUCCUUUAGCAGAAUACUUGUAUCUUCUAUCUUUCUACAGUGUCACCCAAGAAGACCCUAAACAUUGUCAAAAAGUUAUUGUUGAUGUUACCUCCAGAAACUUGGACCAAAUCUUUCUGCUUACUGCCACCUUUUCUGUUUGGUUUUUCUGAGCUAGGAAGUUUCAAAUACUAUAAUUAUAUUCCAGGCAACAUCUAAGAUUAGGUAAAAGAAGUGGGAUCAUUUCAUACCUUAGCAGUUGAUUGACGCUUUUGGUUUGACAGUUAACUAUCACAUCCAAAUCCUCAUACCAGCAUUACUUGAAGAUAACCCUUAAGAACUGCCAUGUAUUUCAUCACUUCCAGGCAGAAGGAAUUCACUGACCAGACAGACUCUCCAGGGCUUGUUUUUCUGUGGGUGCUUUCAGGAUUUGAUGUGGCUUAAAUGUGUUACUGUUUACUGUUCUUUUUUUUGUGUGUGUGUCUAGAUGGACUGAAACUCUAGCAUCGGCAGUGAUGAUGUUAUAACCCCAUAAGAACAGUUUGUCCUACCACUUUAUUUCAAGUAGUAGGCACAGCUUUAAGGGACUUCCAUGGGAACAAGGCAUCCAAAAAUCUGAAAAUAGAACCAUAUAGUUUGUAGCACUGAAAAACUCAGAGAACUUCAUAUUGCAGGGUCAGCUUGACCCUCUGUUUAAUUCAAAAUAUUAAGCUAGGCUUUAUUUAGUAUCCAUCCUAUUUUGGUGGCUUGGUCAGAAAAGCCUAGCAGACCGUCAUGUGAAGGCUGCCAUCCCAUUGGCAAAGGGCAACCGCCAGAGCCAGUGUCUGAAAACUGGCUGAAGCACCAGGCACAGAAGGUUAUGAAAAGGGGAAUGAAGUUCAGCUGGAAGCCUGUCACUAGCAGUGGCUGGGGCUGGUAGUGGUACUGACACUGUUUAACAUCUUCAUAAAUGACCUGGACAAUGGGGCAGACUGAGCCCUCAGCAUGUUUGCAGAUGAUACAAAACUGGGAGUGGGGAUUGAUACACUAGACAGUUGUACUGCCAUUCAGAGGGAUGUGGAGAGGCUGAAGAAAUGGGCUGACAGGAACCUCCUGAAGUUCAAAAAGGAGAAGUGCCAAGUCCUACACCGGGGGAAGAACAACCCCAUGCACCAGUGCAGGGCAGAGGGCUGACCAUCUGGAAAGCAGCUUUCCAGAAAGGAUCUGGGUGUCCUGGUGGACACCAAGCUGAACAUGAGCCAGAAACAGGCUCUUGCAGCAAAGGCAGCCAACAGUGUCUUGGGCUGCAUUAGGAAAAGCAUUGCCAGUAGGUUGACAGGGAUGAUCCUCUCUACUCAGCACUGGUGAGGUGAGGGCACAUCUCAAGUGUUGUGUCUAAUUCUGGGCAAGAAUGCAAGAAAGAUAUGGACUUACUUGAGAGAGUACAGCAGCUGGCCACGAAGGUGACUAAGGGGCUGGAGCAUCAUCUGCAGGAGGAGAGGCUGAAAGAGCUGGGACUGUUCGGACUGGUCAAGAGAAGGGUCAGGGUGGGAAUUUAUCAAUAUGUAUAAACACCUGAUCUGGGAGAGGAGAAAAGAAGAUGGAGCCAGACUCUUCUCAGUGGUGUCCAGUGACAGGACAAGAGGCAAGGGCGCAAACUGCAAUACAGGAAAUACUGUUUGAACACAUGAAAAAAACAAAGGACACCCCCCCCCCCCCCCCAACUUCUUUACUGUGAGGAUGGUCAAACACCAGAGCAAAUUGCCAAGAGAGGUUGUUGGGAGUCCCCAUCCUUGGAGACACUCAAAAUCUGAUGGGAUACAGCACUGAACAACCUGCUCUAGUUUACUCUGCUUUGAGCAGGGGUGGAUUUGGACAAGAUGAUCUCCAGAGGUCCUUUCCAUCCUUAAUGAUGUUGUGAUUCUGCUAAGAAACCGACAAGGUUGAUGCACACUGAAAACUCUGUUAUCUUUAUGCUGCUAUUUUCUUCAUAGAUGCUAUAGCCAGGAGUUACAGGACCGUUUUGGCCAAACAAACAAACAAGCAAGCAAGCAAGCAAACAGAAAAGCUAAGUAUGCCCAGUGUUUUAAUUUCUGAUAUUGCUCCACUGGCUAGAGGGUAUUUAAACAAAAAGAAAACUGACUUUUUGUUCUGCUCUAUGGAUUUUUGUUUACUAACAAAAAGCUCUAGGAAACUGUGAAUAAACUAGGCACAGGGUUUUAGUUGACAGUGAAUUAUAAUAGUUCUGUGUUCAUGAUUUGCCUGUAGAUAUACCUGUAGAUUUGGAAUAAUUAUUUCCCUUUAAGUGCAAAAUUCACUGUAAUGUUGGCCUACUCUACAUAUAUGUUCCGUGAUUCUUCCUUCUUUUUAGGGUAAGGAUAAGAAGGAUAACUUCAUGGUAUGUGGCGCGAUGCUAUUUGGCUGGCACAGGAAAGCCUGAAGGGCCAAAUAUUUGCCUUGCUGCCAAGAGGUUUCUCUAGUUCUGCCUUCUGCUUAUUUUAAUGAGCCUUUUAUAACAUCUUGGUGACUGAUUGUAAACAGCAUUAUCUGCCUCUGCCCCUGGUGAUUUUGGCACACCCUGUAAUUAGAUGGCAAUCCUAUAGCAUCUAAAGGCAUAGCCACUUGCAAUCUGAUUUUGCUGUGACAAAAUAAUGUCUUCUUUUACAGCAGAAAAAUAUGUGUAUACACACUACUUAACAACAAAUCUGUCUUACAAGCAAAGUGGUGCCAUCAGCAUUAAAAAACUGUUGCUCCUUGCUUUGCUGCAACGGAAUUUAAACGGGGAAGAGAGGAAGAGUGAAAACACAUGCAUCUUUCCCGGCUGGAUCAUUUUUGUUGUCUGGCAUUUUAGCCUAGAAAGAAUGUUUCUUGCAUUUCAGCUCAGCCUGAACAAAGGCUGCCAGGUGUUUAUUUAAGGAGGCAGCCAUUUGCUAUGCUGGGGUCAGAAGCAAGCACAGUUAAGGGUGCUGGCUGUCCCAAGCAGGAGGAAUGCUGCCUACGUGUGGUACUGGAGGGGCAGGGAUGCUCAGCCAGGGCCCUUUUGAACUCUGUUAAUAGGAGUUGUUUGUCAUUGCAUUCCAGCACCUGCCCAGGGCCUCGCCCUUAUCCCUCUGAACACCUAUAUCACCUGUUUAGCAAUGCUUGUAUGCCCCUGAGCCUCGGCAUCCAAAGGGCUGGAGGUGCUGAACUGGCCCAAGCAGACAAACUGGGGGGAAUUGUUGUGGUAGGUAGACGACAACAUUAUUGACAUAAAUGCAAAGUAUUUGCAAAUGCAUAGUCCCAUCAUAUCCAGCAGCUUCAGAAACAGAAGCUGUUAAAGUAUCACUGAAGUGCAGUAAGUCCAGAGAAAUAAAGCCAUGGUUUUCAGCUCCUGAAGCUGUAAAUACAGGAGCAUCAGCGAACACCACUAGCAUGUUUUAAGUUAAAAGGUGCUGCUUAUAAACUGCAUCAGAAGAGAAGAAGCAAAAAAAAACCCAGUUAUGGCACUUAAUGUUCUUUAGCUACGUGUGUGACCAAAAACAACCAUUAGGGUCUCCAAUGGCUAUUUGGUGGUUGCGCUGAUUAUUCUGCCUACUAUAACGUGUUCAAAUGAAGAAGCUGGAAGUCAAGAGACUUUGGGGAGAAAGGAAUAAAAACCCCAGAGGGUGGGGGCAGUCCACCUGGUGGAAUGAACAAUCCUUUUCACAAAGGGCCAGAGAGUUGUGAAUUUAAGGACAGGGAUGUGCAGUCCCCCGUCCUGUGACAAAACCCGAGCAACAUAUCUACUGUAAAUGAGAAACCGCUUCCACAUCGCAUCCAGCAUUGCAUGGGAGAGAUGCUCUCCUGCUGUGGCCUCUGUUCAGAGGCCAGAGAAAGUAACUUGUGACUACAUUAAGGAGUUAUUUGGUUAAAAUAUAGGUUAUAACCAUGCUGUUUUGCCUCAACCUGCACUCAGAUCUAGAUCUUCCCAGAGAAAUUUUUAUUUUAGGCAAUUUGUGCUACAGUAGACAAGAUUAAAAAGCACAGAUCACUGAUAGUCACUAAAACAUCUCUGGGAUGUUUUAGACUCAUCACCACCCUCAGUCCUCUGCCCCAGUUGUAAGGGGGAGUAGUUGCAGCUGGUCUUCUGUAAGGGUAACACUUUUUCACUGCACAGUUUUCCCCUCACUUCUUGUCCCAGAUAUCCCUGCAUGGUGAUAGGAACCAUGUUCACUUUGCUAUGAGGUAAUAGAUCAGAAAUUAAUGGAAAAUUCCCUUCAAAAGGGCUGGGAAAAUUUUCAAGCUCAAGUAUUCUCCCCAGCAUUACUGUGCUUUCAACACCUUGAACAAAAGUACUUUGCAUUUUGCUAGCAUCUGUCAUCAGUAUUAUCUGGCAGUAGUGUCCAAAGACACCCAUUUUUUUCCCAGAGGUUUUAAUUUGGGCUCUAGAAAUACAGCUCAAGGUUUUGCCCAAAUUUUCCUGAUGCCUGAGAUGAGUUGAGCACAAUGACAUUUAGUAAGGGCUGGGAGACAAGAAGGCUUGGACCACGCUUCUUGCACUGUUUUGAAGGUCACUUUGAAGUUUAAUUGAAUUGAAGGGCAGAGCUUUGGCAGCAUUUUUUUAUGUGUUUCAGAAUUUAACUAUGUCCAAAAAUGUAUUUCAUUCAUUUGCUGAAAGAUAAGCAUGAUGUGUAAAUAUACUUCACACUUUAUAUUGUUUCUUCUGUUGGUAAUAAUCAAAUUGCACUAGAGUAGUAGCAAAGUGAAAUAGUGCUUUGUAGCCUUCCAGCAUGAGAAGGUUACUUGGUCCUUUAGUGUCCCAGUGUGUUUAUUGUACAGAGCCAGAUAUUGUUUGUCAAGUCUAUACUGUUUGCACAGUCCAAAGCACAAAAACAGAGCAUGAGGCUCAGCCAUUGCGUCUAAUGUUAACAGCACAACAUGUACAUCACCACAAGUAAAUAAUUCCAACCUGUAUCAA